AUGAAACCACUCCUGUGUAGUGUGCCUAGCAAUGAGGUGAGAAUUGGUCACUCUCUGAGUGAAGCGGAGAGGCAGCAUUUGGCCAGAAGGAGAGAGACCGUUCAACAGUGUCUGAAGCAGCAUGGUAUAUCCUGCAGUGAGGAUGAGGUGCCGAACAUCGCAGUGCUGGGCUCUGGUGGUGCUUUGAGAGCUAUGGUUGGACUGCUGGGGUCACUGAGUCAGCUGAAAGAAGAGGGACUGCUGGACUGCAUCAUGUACCUGAGUGGAGUUUCAGGAUCUACCUGGUGCAUGGCAUCAUUAUAUAAAGAACCAGACUGGUCCACCAAACUGGACACUGUGAAAAAUAACAUUGUCCAAAGACUUGCUGAUGGCAGCGUCAGUUUGAAGGAAAUGGGUGAAAAGCUGGCGAAAUACUAUUCAGAAAAAGACAACUUCAGCCUGACAGAUGUGUGGUCGGUACUGAUUGUGUCUAACAUGGUGAAUGAGAUCAAUGAACACAAACUCACAGAGCAGAGGGGUAAAUACACCAAAGACCCGUAUCCUGUUUACACUGUGAUUGACAAACAGUGUAAAUAUGACCGACUGAAUGCAGAUCCUUGGUUUGAGAUCACUCCAGAUGAGUCAGGUUAUUCUCUUACUGGAGCCUUUGUGGAUUCCUCCUGUUUGGGAAGUCAGUUUGAGAAUGGAAACAAAAUUAAGAAGCAGCCUGAGAUUGACAUGCUGUACUUACAAGGUCUGUGUGGCAGUGUCCUCGCAGAUAUGGAAUAUAUCCUCAAGAAACUACAAGAACUAAUCACACCUACAACAGGAAGUGCACAACAAAGGAAAGCAUCACAAACGCCAGAUGUUCCUAAAGCUCCUGAGGCGCUCUUAACACUUGUGGAGCUGAACCUUCGUGCACUGAAAAAGGAGGAUCUUACAAAUCACCUCAAAGCCAUGGAUGAACACCUGAAAGAAAGUUGGAUUGCCAUUUUGAGAUCUAUGGAAAAACUUGUGCACUGGACCUGGGGAACGAAUCACAACUAUCUCUACAAAAUGGAAGUGGAAGGUGUUGACUCCAGUGUCUCUAUGUCAAAGACGAGAGAAUAUGAAGAUUCUGGAGCGUUACUUAACUCACCCUACUUCUCAGUACUGAGAAAAGAACGAGACAUCGAUCUCAUCAUUUCCCUUGACUUCAGUGAAGGAGAUCCUUUUAAGACGGUGGUUCAUGCUGCUGAAAAGUGCAAAGACCUUCAGAUUCCUUUCCCUGAGGUUGUUCUACCUGCUGAAAAUACAGAACCACAGGACUUCUAUGUGUUCAAGGGUUCCAGCGAUGCUCCAACUGUGAUUCACAUGCCUCUUUUCAAUGCCAUUAACUGCAGAGGAGAAAUUAAGAAGUGGGAGAAAAGAUAUUCCACUUUUCAAAUGAACUACAGUCGUGAAAUGAUCACAGAUCUUCUGGAGAAAGCUGGAUUAAACAUCAAAAACAACAAGGAGAAACUGCUCAAGGAGAUUGAAAAUGUCAUUGGACAUAAGAAAACUUCCAAGCUUGGAAAAAUCUGA